CUGAGUUGGUCUAUUUCACGUCACGUUCUGUCUUAAUAAAAAUAAGAUGCUUCACGCUGUCCUAAAAUCUAUAUGGUGUUCACAUAAACAAUAUAUAUACUUUACUUUUAUUUUGUCCUUAACGAAGAAAUUACAUGCUUGAUGUUCCAAAAACACAGUUCAAAGGAGAAAAAGAUGAGGAUGUUAAAGGUGGUCUUUGUUCUGAUACAUUUGUUAGCUGCAGCUGUAUUGGCUAAUCCCUUGAGCAAGAAUGACUUCCCACCUCACUUCUUGUUUGGUGCAUCAUCAUCAGCAUAUCAGGUUGAAGAUGCUGCAAAUGAAGAUGGCAGGAAGCCUAGCAUAUGGGAUACCUUCGUACAUGCUGCUGGCAAUGGUGCUGUUUCAUUAUGCAUAUAUAACUUAAUUUCUGCAAUUUCAAAGAUACACAGGGGAGAUAAGGACAUUGGAUGCGAUCAAUAUCACAAGUAUAAGGAAGAUGUCAAACUCAUGGUGAAAAUGGGUUUAGAUGCCUACAGAUUUUCCAUAUCUUGGUCAAGGCUUGUUCCAGAUGGGAAAGGACCAAUCAAUCCCAAGGGAUUACAGUAUUACAACAACCUUAUCAAUGAACUAAUCAGCCAAGGAAUCCAACCACAUAUUACAUUGCAUCACUUGGACCUGCCACAAGCACUUGAAGAUGAAUAUGGAGGAUGGCUUCGCCGAAGAGUAGUAAAAGACUUCACAGCAUAUGCAGAUGUGUGCUUCAGAGAGUUUGGCGAUAGAGUUAAAUAUUGGACCACAGUGAAUGAGGGAAAUCUGUUCGCAUUUGGGGGCUAUGAAUCAGGACUUCUUCCCCCUCAACGGUGUUCCCCCUCCUCUAUACCUAACUGCUCUAGGGGAAAUUCCUCAACUGAGCCAUAUUUGGUAGCCCAUCAUAUUUUGUUAGCACAUGCAUCAGCUGCUAGACUAUAUCGGAAGAAGUACCAGGACAAGCAACAUGGAUUUAUUGGGUUAAAUCUCCUUACGUUUGGUUUUGUUCCUCUAACCAAAACUAGUGACGAUAUAAAUGCCACUCAAAGGGCCCAAGACUUCUAUACGGGGUGGUUUUUGAAUCCCUUGAUUUUUGGAGAAUAUCCUGGCAUCAUGAAAAAGAAUGCUGGCUCAAGACUUCCUGUCUUCACCAAAAGGGAAUCAAAUCUGGUCAAGGGCUCAAUGGACUUCCUAGGAAUAAAUUUCUACUACACAUUUCUAGUUAAGAACAACCCAGACAGCCUGCGCUCAGAGGAUAGAAGUUUCACAGCAGAUAUGGCCGCGGAGCUUGAAUACCUUACCGGAAAUGGUUCGUCUACAUAUGAGCAUCCAAUUACACCCUGGAUUUUGAAAGAGAUUCUUGCGUCAUUGAAGAAAGAUUAUGGCAAUUUUCCAGUUUACAUUCACGAAAACGGUCAACAAACACAACGCAAUUCAUCAUUGGAUGACAGGCCAAGGGUGAAGUACCUGUGUAAAUACAUAGGGAGCCUGCUUGAUAUACUGAGGGAUGGAGUGAAUUUAAGAGGUUAUUUUGUAUGGUCCUUCUUGGAUAUGUUCGAGGUACUGAAUGGAUAUGAAUCAAGCUAUGGCCUAUACUUUAUAGAUUUGAAAGAUCCAGCUUUGAGGAGGCAAUCUAAGCUUUCUUCAGUGUGGUACUCAAAUUUUCUGAACAAUGGGAAUAUACCAAAGGUCACCAUCAUGGACAUUGAGAAGAAUGCAUCUGUGCUUUCCAACACUGUUACUGCAUAAUGCCAUUAAAGUAAUCAAGACUAGUUAAAUUUGAAGGUUGUUCUGUACUCGCAUCUUUUUUUUACCAGGUCCUAAUUUUCUUCUUUGUAUGACCGUGUGAGCGAAUAAAGUGACAUGAUUUAUGGUGUAAAGUUUUGAAAAUCAUUAGCAUUUUACUCAACAGUACAUGAUUUGCUACUAUAUUAUGAGUUAUGACCAUGAAUGUAAAUAUUCAUGAUUUCUAUUUU